CAUGUCAUCCGUUCAAAUCUCCAAUUGCAUUUCUCACCCCCUCCUCUCUUUCUCGCACCAGACAGAGCAAACACUCUGUUCUCAGAACCUUCUUUGCUUUUUCUCUCGUUCAUGGAGCUCCAGAGGCGCCAAGAUCAGAGUCUUUCCCAGCGGAAGGGUCAAAAGCGGAAGCUCGACGAGGAACAGCACGACGAAAGGCAGAUCUCGGCGGCGCCGUCCACCGCCGCCGAGCGAGCGGCGCUCCUCUGCGACGUCGGAGAACAGGUGAGCAUCCUCGAGUCGAGUUUCACGUGGAACGAAGCGGAUCGAUCCGCGGCCAAACGCGCUACUCACGCGCUCGCCGAUCUCGCGAAGAAUGAGGAAGUGGUGAACCUGAUUGUUGAAGGAGGCGCGAUUCCUGCGUUGGUGAAGCAUCUUCAGGCGCCGCCUCUGAUUGACCGUGUCCAGAAGCCAUUGCCAUUCGAGCACGAGGUUGAGAAGGGGAGCGCUUUCGCAUUAGGACUCCUUGCCGUCAAGCCAGAGCAUCAACAGCUCAUUGUUGACAGUGGUGCCUUAAUACAUCUUGUUGAUCUUUUAAAGAGGCACAAGGAUGGCUUAACAUCUCGUGCUAUUAAUAGUCUCAUUCGCAGGGCUGCAGAUGCUAUUACUAAUCUUGCUCAUGAAAACAGCAGCAUUAAAACCCGUGUCAGGAUGGAAGGUGGAAUUCCACCACUUGUUCAUUUGCUUGAUUUUGCCGAUGCAAAGGUACAAAGAGCAGCUGCUGGUGCACUACGAACUCUUGCUUUUAAAAAUGAUGAAAAUAAAAAUCAGGUAAGUUGUUGCUGGAAGUUGUGGUUUGGAUAUUUUACAAACAAGUCACACAACAUGAUGAUUUUCCAGAUUGUUGAAUGCAAUGCUCUCCCAACUUUGAUUUUAAUGCUACGUUCUGAAGAUGCUGCUGUUCAUUAUGAAGCGGUUGGUGUGAUUGGAAAUCUAGUGCACUCUUCACCUAAUAUAAAGAAAGAAGUUCUUCUCGCUGGAGCUUUACAGCCAGUUAUUGGAUUACUUAGUUCCUGCUGCUCUGAAAGCCAGAGAGAAGCAGCCUUGUUACUUGGACAAUUUGCAGCAACUGAUUCAGACUGUAAGGUUCACAUUGUACAGAGGGGUGCUGUCCAACCAUUGAUAGAAAUGCUUCAGUCAUCUGAUGUACAACUCAGGGAAAUGUCAGCAUUUGCGUUGGGAAGAUUAGCCCAGGACACACAUAACCAAGCUGGUAUUGCUCACAAUGGUGGCUUAGUGCCAUUGCUCAAGCUUCUUGACUCAAAAAAUGGGUCUUUGCAACAUAAUGCUGCUUUUGCUUUAUACGGCCUUGCAGACAAUGAGGAUAAUGUGUCCGAUUUCAUUAGGGUAGGUGGAGUUCAGAGGCUGCAAGAUGGAGAAUUUAUUGUUCAAGCAACUAAAGAUUGUGUUGCCAAGACGUUGAAAAGAUUAGAGGAGAAGAUUCAGGGCCGGGUUUUGAACCAUUUGUUAUAUCUUAUGCGAGUUUCAGAAAAGGGUUGUCAAAGGCGAGUCGCAUUGGCUCUUGCACAUCUUUGUUCUGCAGAUGAUCAGAGAAAAAUUUUUAUUGAUCACUAUGGUCUUGAGUUGCUUAUAGGGCUUCUUGGAUCAUCCAGCUCUAAGCAGCAACUUGAUGGUGCCGUGGCUUUAUGCAAGUUGGCCAAUAAAGCAUCCACCUUGUCUCCUGUUGAUGCUCCUCCUCUUUCUCCAACGCCACAGGUAUAUUUAGGAGAGCAGUAUGUGAACAAUGCUACAUUGUCUGACGUUACAUUUUUAGUUGAAGGCAAACAAUUUUAUGCACAUAGAAUUUGUCUACUUGCAUCUUCGGAUGCAUUUCGUGCAAUGUUUGACGGUGGUUACAGGGAGAAGGAGGCAAGAGACAUAGAGAUUCCAAAUAUUAGAUGGGAAGUUUUUGAGUUGAUGAUGAGAUUUGUGUAUUGUGGAUCAGUUGAUGUCACUCUGGAUAUUGCUCAAGAUCUUCUUCGAGCAGCGGAUCAAUAUCUUUUGGAAGGACUUAAGAGACUCUGUGAAUACACAAUUGCACAGGAUAUAUCACUAGAGAAUGUUUCAAGUAUGUAUGAGCUUUCAGAAGCCUUCAAUGCAAUACCACUGAGGCAUGCAUGCAUCCUUUUUAUCUUGGAGCAAUUUGAUAAAUUGAGUGCAAGGCCAGGGCACUCUCUUCUGAUUCAGCGUGUAAUACCAGAGAUCCGAAAUUACUUUGUUAAAGCACUUACAAAGGCCAACUCCCAUAACAACCGACUGUAGUAUGCACCCAUUCUAUACCCUUGACCUCUAACCGAUGGUGUUGUACAGAAUGUAGUAGUGUUAUUCCUUUUUUUGUACCAGGAAGGGGUCUCCUGUUUGUGAUAUACAACUCGGCUAAAAGAAAUACCUAAUGACCGAGUCGUGCUUCUUUUAUUUUUAAACGAGGUGUAAGCCCCUGUUGGUCUGUAAUUUCAUUAUCAUAGAUAUAGCAAAUAUGACCUUCACGAACAUUUUUUAUCUCAUGCAAUGUGAUGGUUAUGACUUAACAGUUCUUCUCUCAGAUGCAUACGUUCAGGAAAUGACCAUUGUUAACU